AUGAUGCUUGGUACAGUUCGCCGAUUUGGCGUUUCCCACGCGCUGCGCGCUACUGCGCCUCGCUCAAUCUCAGCGCGGUUGGCUACUCAGCUGCCAAAAUGGCAAGCUCCUCUGACCCUUUCAUCUCCUGUUGCAACCAGAUCGCUUCAUUCCUCUUUCCCGAGACUGUCUGAGGCUACUGCGCAGGCGAUUGUUGAAGAGACUGAGCCUUCCCAGCCUGCGAAUAUCACAGAGUUUGCCGACCUGGCGUCGGGGAAUCUCAUUCACAACACCAUUAUCAAGAAUAUUAUUCAACCUGACCGGAUGAACCUCAAGACCAUGACUGAGGUGCAGGCUCUUACUCUCAACGAGAUUGUCAAGGGUGAUGAUAUCCUUGCCCAGGCCAAAACAGGAACCGGAAAGACACUUGCUUUCCUUGUGCCCUCCCUUCAGAAUAUUUUGAAUGACCCCACGGUCGAUGUGUCCAAGGUUGGCCGCCGCGGAGCCAGAACUGGUCCUUCGGAAAUCCGUGCUCUUAUUAUCUCCCCUACCCGCGAACUUGCGGAACAGAUCGCAGUUGAGGCUAGAAAGGUUGCAUUUGGCACUGGUCUCCUUGUCCAGACCGCUGUUGGUGGCACACAGAAGCGUGCCGGUCUUGCCAAGAUCCAGCAGGAGGGCUGUCAUCUCCUCAUCGGUACCCCGGGUCGUCUUAAGGACAUCCUCUCAGACCCUUGGACUGGUGUUUCUGCCCCUAAGCUGAACACUCUGAUCCUCGAUGAGGCAGAUCGCCUCUUGGACCAGGGUUUCGCUCCUGAUGUUGAGGAGAUCCAGACUCUGCUUCCCGAUCCCACAAAGGUGGACCGUCAGACCCUCAUGUUCUCGGCCACUGUUCCCAGAGAAGUUAUGCAGAUGGUUCGUCAGACCUUGAAGCCCGGCUUCAAGCAUGUCAAUACCGUUCGUGAAGAUGAAGUUCCCACACACCACCGAGUGCCCCAGAAGCUUGUCUACACGCGCGGUCUUGAAAACGGACUGCCCGCCCUUCUCGAGCUCGCUCAGAACUGGCAAACUCGCCGUGAUAACGGCGAGAAGCUGCGUCCUUUCAAGGCUAUCGCCUACUUUAACUCCACCGCUGAGACCAAGAUCUCUGCCGAUGCUUUCAACGCUUUGACUCGCACUGCAGAGUUCCGCCAGUCUUCUAUGGGCAACAUGAGAAUGCUCGAGAUUAACUCUCGUCUCACUCAGCAGGUCCGAACUCGCAGCGCAGAUAACUUCCGCAAGGCUCGCGAGGGCAUUUUGUUCUCCUCGGACGUGACUGCUCGUGGUAUGGAUUUCCCCGAUGUCACCCACGUCGUCCAAGUUGGUGUUCCUCGGGAUCGUGAGACCUACAUCCACCGUCUUGGCCGCACAGGCCGUGCUGGCAAGGAAGGUGAAGGUUGGUUGUUUAUGCACCGGGCCGAACAAGAUGUCUACAGAAAGCGCCUGGGCCGUCUUCCAUUGAAGGUGGACACUGAAUUGCAAACCGCGGAUGCGGAUCUUUCCCAGACCUUCUCUAACGACACACAAGUCGGCAAGAUCGUCAACAGUAUCAACCAGGGUCUGGCCCAAUGUGACAAUACUACCAAGGUCAAGUCCUACAUGGGUCAACUUGGCACCACCACUGGAAACUUCAACAGCAAGAGAGAGGCCAUCCAGGCACUCAACCAGAUGUUCACCGUGGGAUACAACAUGCAAACCCUCCCGGAGCUCAGCCCUAAAUUGAUGCAGCAAAUGGGUCUCAACCGAGUGGACGGUGUCAGCAUGGGUGAUGGCAGCCGCCAGCGACGCGAGGGCGGAUUCUCCCGCGGCGGUGAUCGUGGUGGUGACCGUGGUAGCCGUGGCGGCUUCUCUCGCGGUGGUGAUCGUGGCGGUUUCUCCCGUGGCGGUGACCGUGGUGGUGAGCGUGGUGGCUUCUCUCGCGGCGGUGAGCGUGGUGGCUUCUCUCGUGGUGGUGACCGUGGUGGCUUCUCUCGCGGCGGUGACCGUGACGGUUUCUCCCGUGGCGGCGACCGUGGUGAGCGUAGUGGCUUCUCCCGUGGCGGUGACCGUGGCUCGUCUCGUCCUCCUCGCCGCUCGUUCGAGGAUUCCUUCGGCGAGGACGCUUUCCGGUUUUAA